UCAUUAAUAAACUGCUUUGGAGUCUUCGCGAGGUAAUGGGAAGCCAUUUCGCGUUCUUCACUGCCUUACAGUAUUGAAGAUCAGAAAUACAAGACUGCCAAACUUUUCUACAACUUUGCCCGGGUGGAUGGUCUAGAAAACGUACUAGAAGAGUCUCGGAACAUCAAAAUGGUCUCCUCCUUUAGCCUUUCGACAAGACUUCUCAGACGUAUGCCUCGCCUAGAGAGCAGAGGAAGUUUUUUAGAGCAAGAAUACAGGCCUCUUUGUGGGCGAAUGUAUACAAUGCUGUUCGUCACAAUGCUCCUGCUCGUCACUGCACGCCAGCAAAGCUCGCUGGAGCAGGAACGAUGCCUGAUCACUGGCUUGGCCUCACACCGCCCGCCUUUAUCGAAUAUCUCAUCAGCGAAGGCAAGCUUACCAAGGACUCUCUAGGUGCAGAGCUUCAAAUCAAGAUCUUCUUCAUCGAUCGAGAGCGCAUCACAAUCAUGCGAAUGCCGCCUGGGAAUCCUGGAGGUACUGCAGCAUGGCUGAUGAUAGAGUUUCCCACUAAGAAAGAGCACUCAACAUACAGGAACAACAGCAUCGGACACAUCGUUGUCGCAGCAAUGGAACUACCUUUGCACGCUUCUGAUUCCCUCCAAAGCAUCCAAUUUCCCAACCUCGCCUUCGACGAAGCUGGAUAUCGAGCUGCGUAUGGGACCUCAACGAGAACAUCGAUUGCAUCUGGCUAUAUUGGUCGGCGGCAUGCAGCAUCACGUAUCUCCAACCAAUUGGCCUCCUCUGGACGACUACAAAUUCGAGCCUCUGAAUUACCUUCUCACUCAGACCAUGCAGAACGAUGAUGUCACUCGAAAUUUCUAUCAAAACGUCAUCAAUCGAGCACGAAAUUACCAGAAUCCCAUUUUCACCCGGUCGAUGUUGCCAGCUGUGCGCAAAAAAGUAUUCGUCCGAAUGCUAGGGUUUGAGAUUGCUGUGAGAAAUCAGUUCAAGUCAUCUCGUGGCAUCGUCGAAGCAGCGGUCCUCCUACAGCGGCGAUACCUCGACAACGUUCGUCGUCAAUCUGCAUCUGGCUGGGGUCUUUAUGUGUGGCCAGUCAGUAAGCAGAAGCUACACGAGAUGAGAGGCAGGAAGACGACUACGGUGUCUACGCCAAAGGCAGCACCCAGAAUCUACGAUAUCGUUGGGUGGCUGGAGAACGAUGAGACAUCACCACGCGUAGAGUUGUACCAGGACUUCCACGUCGAUGAUUGCAUCUACGUCGAUUACCGGUUGGAUCAGAUGAAGAUUAAUUGGGUCAACUGGAGAGAUUAUAUGUGCAAUGAGCAGGGAAAAGAGGCAAUGUUGGAUGAAUUCUCGGUUGUGAAUUGGUUCAAUCACAGAUCUUCAUCUUGCUAAUUCAAAUAAGAGGAGGCGGCACCCAAUUGUUCAAUUAGCUGCGCAUGUGAGUCCUAAAGGGGCCGGUAUUAUCCAAACACCUCUGUUUUCGACAUCCCAUCACC